AUGGGUGACGAUAUUGAACUUUCUUUCGAUGACACAUUUGAGGAUCCCUGUGUUGAUUCUGAUCACGCACCUUCUAGGUCAAACUCUAUUAAAGGAAAAAAAGGGGGUCUUGAUACCAACUCACAAGCUCAAAGUGACAGUGAAGCAAGUACAGGAGCUCAAGAAACCAUUCCAACUGCUAUUGUUAUAAAAAAUAUUCCUUUUUCUAUAAAACGUGAUGCGCUCCUUGAAACUCUUAAUAAUCUGGAUAUACCAAGGCCUUAUGCAUUUAAUUAUCAUUUCGAUAAUGGUGUUUUUAGAGGAUUAGCGUUUGCAAAUUACAGAACACCAGAAGAAACAGAUCAAGUUGUAUCGGCAUUAAAUGGGUAUGAGGUUUCGGGUAGAAAACUUAGAGUAGAAUAUAAACGAGUGUUGCCAGCCGCAGAAAGGGAGGCGAAGGAGAGAGAAAAAUUAGAAAAACAUAAGACAGAAAAGGAAAAAAACGAAGAUGUUCGUGUUCAAGAAAAAAAUGAAUAUGAACAGAUUGAUAAUCUAAAAACAGAAAAAAACGAAAAUGGAAAGCAUGAUAAAGACAAAAAAUCAUUAUCAGAGCAAAAAAUUUCUGAUUCUCUUGAUCUCAAUGAUCCAGAUACAUUAAAAUUCUACGAUCAAGUUAUUAUCUUUCGAGAUGACAAAUCCAGGGAAGAAUUGGUAUUUCAAAAAACACUUACAAGUGCCCAACGCCGUACAUUACAUCUAAUUGCUCAAAAGGUUGGUUUGUAUCACUAUAGUGAAGGUGAUGGUGAUGAAAGAGUUUUAAAAAUAGUACGCAAACCAGCUUCUGCUGCUAUUAAUAUUAAGCCACCUAAAAAUGGGUCAUUUGGUAGACGUACAGCUUCACAAUUAUUAGCAAAUGCAGCAGGUUUGUCAGAAAGUCCUUCUAAUCGGUCAUAUAGAGGUGAUGCUUCCCCACUGUCAAGGUCUCCAUUUAGAAAAUCUUGGCUGUGA